AUGCUCGCCUUAACUCUGCGCCGGUCUAGCCAUGCAUCUGCAGUAUCUACGGACAAUCUAUCACAGCGUUCCUGGGACAUGCUUGUCGACGCCUACCGCCGGUACGAAUUCGAUGAGUCAUAUUUCCAAGCACUUUGUCUGCUUGCACAAGUUGACCAUGCCGAAGGCAGGUCGAACAAAGCCCGGACUCAGGUAGCUCUUGGUCUAAAGCUUGCUCAGGCCCGAGGCUGGUUAAAUAAAGUCCAUUAUGAAGUCGAGCAUAGGACUACUCGCUGGCAGCAUCAGGAAAUAGUCUGGUCAUUAUUCAUGCUGGACCGAUGUACGCUCAACCGCGAUAAUCCCUACUCCACCAUUCCCGAUACCCUGUAUAAGCUUCCGGCAUAUAAGGGCGGCCCGACUCAUCCUGGACAGAGCGGUGAGGUCUACGAUGCUACGCUUUCAACAUCGCCAGCACAGAGCUUUGUGAUCGUAGGUUUAUUCGCGCAGAUUAUGCGCAUGUGGGAGCUUGUCAUUCAGUACAUUGGCGAGAGCUUGACUACUGAGUCUAAACCAAUCUGGCAUCACAAGUCAACCAGGACCGCGAUCCUGACCAGUCUUCUCGAGUUGGAGAUACCCUCCGAACCACACACGUAUGCAUCUGUCGGUCCCGUCGAUCGCGUCCUCAGUGCCCCCGCUUCCAAACCAUACUUUCAGACAUGGAUGUUUCUUCAGAUCACCCACUCCGCUAUUAAUUGUUGCAUUAAUCAUCCCUUCAUCAUAUUCGUCAAAGCACGACAGCACGGAUCACGUGUGCCACUCACCUUCCUCCAGAGAGCGCACAAAGACAGUCUCAUAUACGCAUCCUGGAUCACGAGGAACCUGACUGAUAUGGAGACUGCCCGCCUCGACGUGCUGGACCCGUUUCUGGCGUAUCUCGUCGGCAUAGCAGCAAGCAUCCAUAUCGAGCACAGUCUGAGCUCCAAUGCUUCCAGCGCCUCUUCUGCGAGACAGAAGAUGGCCACCUGCAUGGCCUAUCUGACUCGUGUCGCGGGGGUCUGGCCCCAAGUGAAGAAGAGAAUCAACGUCUUGGAGGAGUUGCGGUCACGAGUGGGUAGCAGGUCGGCUUUGCAUUACGUUGACGACGAAUACGAUGGCGGUGUGCCCGUGCGAAGCGUACGGCACGUGUCUAUGUCAGUCGCGGACGAGCGGUUGAUGUGGGCACUGUUCGACGCCUCCAACGAUACUAUGGCCGACAUUUUGCCAUCGGCAAACAUAAGUACAGGUUCUGCCGCAUUGCAGCUCAGCGUUCCCCAACCCUUACCAGAUGGCAGCGUCUGUGAUGUCGCGAACUCGAUGCCGCAGUCUCAAAGUAGCGAAGCCGGUCCUUCACACGACAUAGAACACAUGCCAACAAUCGAUCAGGCAUCUUUGGAUGUGGAUCUGACUGCUGACUGGUCACUGCUUGGUGUGCCAUGGCUCGCCUAUUUCCCACCUGAUACAGAUCUGCUUGGGUGUCAGUGA